AUUACAAGAAACUUUCUUUUCCGCGAUCGAGCGAGCCAUCGAUCUAGCAAGCAGCAGCAUUUACAUUUCGCCUAGCCUAGCCAUCUCUCUCCGUUGUUUAUUCAUGGGAAGAUAUGGAUGGACAGUGACGGGGUACCAAGAUUUGUUAAGGCCUGUGAUUAAGAUGCAAGGCAGGCAGGGGAGGAAUAGUAAAGCAGAGGAGAGGAGAAGGCUUCACCCAGCCUCGAAGCUAACUCUCUCUUCUUCUUCAUCUUCUUCUUCUUCUCUUCUCUGACCGACCAUUCCUGCAGCUGCUGCAAGAUGGCUGGGUAGCUAGCUAGGCAUAUCAUAUGCUGGUCUUUUGCCUACCUACGUGUUGCUUCGGAUGCUGCAGCUGAGGUGAAUGAAUGCAUGGUGAAGGAGGGAGGUAGGCGAGUAGCUGGGACCAUGGGCUGGCUCCAGUCUCUCCUCGCCCCUAUCAAGAAGCUCUGGAUUCGCAUGCAUUCCGCCCAGAGGAAGAAGAGAGGUAUCUACAUCCUGUACGAGGACGUGAAGUCGUGCCCGUGCGAGGACGUGCAGAUACUCUGGUCCAUCCUCGUCGAGUCCUCCCACGGCCACCACCACCCGCAGCCGCUGCGGCUGAAGCAGUGACGCCGCCGCCGCCGGCGGCGGCGAACGACUCCGGGCCGGCGUCCGACCGACGAGCAUGGCGCUCCGAGACGUACCGACGGCGGCGCGGCCGGCGAGAGAGCGUGAGAAGCAGGCGAAGCGACCAGCCAAAGAAAAAAGAAAAAAAAAGUGUCGGUGUACAUAAAAGGCGACGAGCGUGUUAAUUAGCCGCCGCUCGCCAUGGUAGGGAACAGAGAGAGUCACUUCAGUUUGAGUCUCACCCCGUUUUGAGCCACGGAAACGGCGUGCUGCGUGCAUAGCCGACGAUGAGCUCCUCCUCUUUUCUCGCUUCCUCGCAUAUGUCACUCACCGACACUGCGAGGAAGCGAUUUUUUUUUUGUUUCCUUUACUUCUCGGAAAAAAAAGGAAUGGCACAUGUAACGCGUGCCAGUGGCUUACUGGCUUUGUACAUACAAAAGCAAGAACAAAUCAACAAAAGAAAAAAAGAAAAAGAGGACGAGAAAAGCUGUGCAGUA